AUGAGUUCCCGUCUUGAAUGCGGAAUCUGCUUCCACCGAUUCGGUAAUCGCUUUUCUUCCCUUACCCUCAACUUUCUUUUCCUCUUCCAGACGACUUCAAGCAUCUUCCAAAGAUCUUGGAGGGCUGCAGACACACGUACUGCUACACGUGUCUCAGCGAGUGGCUGAACCGCCCAAACGCCGGCGACACGUGUCCGAUGUGCCGGACAAAGAUCAACAUGAACGAGGAGAUCCCGACGAAUCUUGAUCUGUUGGAGCUGUUCGAAAAGAAGAAAGGCAACCCGGAAUGCACGUGUCAGGAAUCUCGGUCAGUUCGGAGUCGCUCUUCUCGUUUCAUUCGUUUCCCUUUUUUUCAGAACACACUUCUGUCCAACGUGCAAGAGUCAGAACUACGUGGAUUGGGAGGAGAGACUGACGGACGGAGAGCACAUUUUCUGCUUCGGAUGUGCUUGCGAUCACGUGGACGGGACCGACCACAAAGUCGAAGCGCUGGAUCCGGAGCACUCGACGGCGACGCUCGAUCUGGGAAAGCCGGUGUCGGUGAAGACGAACAGGAGGUUGAGGAGGAGCCUGCUCGGCGCUGCUAUCUUCGUCUUGCUCCUAUCGGUUGCCGGAUUGACCUUUUUCUUCUUUCAACUUUUCUAA